AAGCCUUGUUUUCUCAGUCGAUUCUAGUUUCCAUCAACGCGCAUGCGCAGAGUUCUCCUCCUGCGGCUUGCCGUAGUAAAGCGAAUGUCAUCUGAAUGAGAAUGACUUCUCUCAGACUGGCGUCGCUGUUCGCCGCGGCUCCCGGGUUAACGGCCCUGAUGAGCGGCUCGGUUCUGGCUGCCAACGAGGGGAAGAAGAAGAACUCCCAGGCCGCUCUGAGCAUCGACGAGUUGCCGUCUCUGUACACCAGACCCGAGUCGACGGCGGCGCCGCUGGAGCAGGAGGCGGGCCAGCUGGAGCAGAGCGUGGCGUCGAUGAGGAAAUGGGCCACGCCGUACACCGACAGCUGUCAGCAAAAUGUCCAGCUGGAAGUGGAGAAAGCUGAGCAGGUGUACAGAACGGCGGAGCCGACAGUGAACGCAUCGUUAUCGACCGUCAGAGAAACGUACCGGUUCCUCAGCGACCCGCCUCCGGACCUCUACCCCAGCGCCGCCGCCAUCGGUUUCUCCGGCUUCCUGGGACUCUACCUGGCCAGAGGCUCCAGGCUGAAGCGGUUGGCGUUUCCUGCGGGCCUCAUGGCGCUCAGCGCCUCCAUGUUUUACCCCCAGCAGGCCGCCGGGCUGGCCAAGUUGAGUCGAGACCAGGUGCUGACCUGGACUCGGCAGGGCCGCGUUACCAUGGAAACUCUGUGGAAAGAUCCCCCGUUUAGCAAGAAAAAGGCGGUGAAACCCGGGAAGUCAGAAGAAGCAGAGAGCAGAAACAGCUGAUCAGCUGCAGGUCGCAGGAACCCGAUCACACGAACCAAACCGGCGCUCUGAAGGACGCCGGCCUUUUCCAGGAAGUAGUUUCUGUCACUGUGGUUGAAAUUUGCUUCUUGGAAACGGUUCUUCCUCCUCUGCUCUUCAUCGUUAUCUCUCUCCUGUGGUCUGAGCAACACGGCGUCCGUAAACCUCCGGCGCCGCCGCGACUUCAGCCCGACGCUAACAUCAACUCUCAGUUCCCUGGAGCGUCUGCUCUUCCUGAUAACUGGGAAUCAUCUGCAGCUCUUUGCUUCCUCACUGGUUCUGUCCAAACCAAACAACUUCUCUGUUUUUCUGCAGCACCUCACUGCCGUCUCACUCCUGUUGUUUUACUAAACAUUUACGGCUAAAUACAUUUAUAUUAUGAAUCAAAAAAUAAGUGUGAGUGUGUGUGUGUGGUUGUGUGUCCUGUCUGUCUCUGUGUUGCCCGGCGACAGACUGGCGACCUGUCCAGGUGACCCCGCCUCUCGCCUGGAACGUAGCUGGAGAGGCAGCAGCUCCUCCUGACCCCAUUAGGGACCAGGUGUUAGAAAAUGGAUGGAUGAAAUGAAAUCAUUAGAAAACGAGUUAUAUGUGCAGCCCAACGUUAGUUGAUUAAAAUACUUAUCAUGAUGCUUUCUGCGCGUUUAUCCACCGUAAAUGUUAUUAAAUAGAUGUUUAAGCAUGGCUACAUGUUCUCAAUAAAUGUCAUUAAAUAUGUUAUUUAAUGAUAAUAAAACAUAUUUUGUGAUUUUGAA